CUUCCUGUUUCACAAAAUAUGGAUUUGUAGUGAUUUCUGAAAACAAAACCAAGCAAACAAGCUUUGUCACUGUAAUUCAUUUAGUUAUACCAAUGCUUAACAAUCUAAACUAUACUAAACUUACAACCCAAAUCUUGUAGCAAAGCUCUUAGGUGGAGACAAGUGAAAUUACCAGGAUCAGUUUAGAAACAGCUGCACAAAUCCACUAAUUGUUUACCUGAUAACAAAGCAUCAAAUGUAGAUUAAAUAACAGAUGGGUGCAUGCUAUUCUAAAAGUGGCCAUGAAGCUUCACUCUCACCAAAACAGAAGUCACCUCAUAAAAAGCAGAACAAUGGUUUGGCAAUAAAAAUAGAAUAUACACCAGUCAAACCUCAUGAAGAUGACAGACUAUCUGCAAAUGUUGACAAUAACUUUAACCAUGACAACAAGUCAACUGAUGGUCAGUUGACAAUAACCGAAGAAGAAAACGAAAAAGACAUUGAUUUAAAUGAAAUAGAAAAGAAUAUUCCACUUAUAGACAAAGACAUUGAUGACCUUAAACAUGGACUAGGUGUUGCUACUUCUGACAGUGGGAUAGAGAGCCUCUCUCCCAAUGAAAUAGAGGCACAUGUAGAAGCAACAUCAAGUCAACCAUUAAAUACAAGUCAUUCACGCAAAAAGAAAGUUGAUCAUAUUUUGGAGGACAAAGAAUGCUCAAAUUGUACUUGUGGUGCACAAAAUAGAUCAUUUACUUAUGACGCACAGAAGAUCAAAUGUGAGACAGCGCCAACAACACCGGAUAAGGAUGAGAAAAAAGUGAUUAGACGACAAGAUAGUCGCCACAGUACUGUUAGUUGUGAAAAUGUUUUACUGGAUAUGUCAAAACGAUCUUCUCGUGAAAUCAGACAUUUUGAUUCUGAGGCUAGUUUAGACCUUCCUUCAGCUUUCCAGAGUUUACAGGAUGUUAAAACAAUGCAGAUGGAUGGAAAGGAAGUGGUUGUAAUUGAUGCUGAACUAUACUCACAAGUAUUAGAGGAGCUGGCAACAUUAAAGUAUAAACUAAGUCAGCUGACAGACCUUAUACAGUUACAGUCCAUCAGCGGAGAUGAUCAGUCAGAGAUUAAUGAUUCAACACCACUGAAUUCACCAAGAGUAAGAACAUCAUUGAACUUCAGUAAAUCCUGACGAACAUUUUCCUGAGUAAAAUGAAUUCAUUCCAGGAGAGAAUUGUUUCACAAAGAUCAUUGUACAUAGACCAUGAUAUUCAGACUCCCUCCAGAUUACAUGUCUCAUUGUAUAUACUACAUUGUAUAAUGUAUUUUGUGUAAUUUAUUUGUAGUUAGAACAAGAGUGUGAUACUGUUUGUAUUUUAUUCAAGUUCUCCUUAUUUAUAUAGAGUAAUUUUAUACUCAUGGAAGUUUCUUGUGAUUUGCUAUGAUCUCUUAUGCAGAAAAGAUAUGAUUAAUUCCAGGGGAAACAUAUAUUUUUAUCAUAAAAUUUGAAACCAAUAUUAUAUUUCAAUCUUGAUGGGUAUUUGCAUUCAGAGCUUGAAGAAAUAAAUACAGUUGAUAAAUUUGUACUACUAUAUAAGCACUUAUUUUCACAUGUUAUUCAUUUGAAAAGAUUAUUUUUGUACUCAUAAAUUUGCAUUAGUUAAAUAAUUGUGAUUCAAUGUACAUGUGAAUAAUUAUUUAUACAAAAGAUUCCCUUUGGUGAAAUAGUACAUCAACAACAUUGCUUACAUUCAAUUCACAUUUUAGGAAAACCUUUAGUACAAGUGCUUAUUAAUUGAUCUUGUGGUAAGGGGAGAGUAGUUUUCAUGAAAUAUUAGUUUUUACAACAAAUGGGAGCAAAAAACAUUAUACAUGUACUGAAUCUCUGGUUUUUAGCCUGAUAUCUUGAGAAAUCAUAUUUACUGGUUUUCUUUUCAUAUCACAAAUCUAUCUUUGAUCAUUUUAGAACACCACUUGUCAUUCAAGAAAUGUAAAUUUUGUUGUCACCUUGCACAUGUAGGUAUUUUAAAAUUUGGAAGGUUUUACAUAUUCAAAUUAUAAUAUUAUACUAAAUUCUAAUUGUUACUGCAAUAGCAUACAGUAUGGUUGCUUUAAUAUUUUUUUUAUAAUUCUAUCAGUGCAAGUUGGGACAGACUGUAAGAAUAGGUGGUAUAUGUUAGUCAUAGAAAUAAAAAAAAAAGGUUUUUUCUCUACUUUUAUUAUAGGUAAUUAUUAAUUCUGCAAAUAUCAUUUAAAGUUCACAUCAAAUGCUUUAUUUUAUAUGUAUGAACUGAUUGGAUUUGUUUUAUGUUAAUAGGUAGGACAAACUGUUGUCCCUGUUUAUAUAAAGCAAGUGAUACAAGCUUAAUUACAUCACACAAUUAUGGUAAAAGGGGAUGUCAAAUUGGGUGGUUAUGGAAUGAAAAUUUCACAGUCUGCUCUACUUGAGACUUGCUUCCCUUUGCCAAAUAUUCUUAUUUCUGUAAUUUGAAAUUUGCUAUUGCAUCAUAGAAAUAUAUCUGCAAGAUCAUAAGUCAAUGUGAACUUGACAAAUAAUGUCAGAAUUGAUUAGGUGUUAGAUAUUUGCUGCACGCCUGGUAUAACUACAGCAAUUUAUUUUUGUUGAUUGUUGAUCAUUCUACCUCUUUUGUUUGUCUAGGUGCUUGUUUUUGUUGCUUUAAGUUGACUUUUUUCAUUACAUUAUAAAUAUUGCUGACAUGAUAAAAGAAAGAGCCUAUUAAUUAUAUGAUAUGUAUCUAGUGAGGGUUCUUUAACACUGCUCAACGUUUUUAUGAAAUUUAUUACAAGACUAUUUACGAAAGGAUUGAGGUUUUGCUAAAUUUCUUGGUAUCUUAAAUUUUUUAAUAGUGCUUUCACUCCCAUGAACAACUACUUAAAAGGAACGCUUGAAUUAGAUCAGAUUCAUAUACAUAUGAUGUACACUUUUAUAGAGAUAGGAAAACAUUUGAAACACAUUUUGUUUUUUCUGCGAUAAACAUUGCUAAGGCUAGACAUAGCAAUCCUAUUUUCCAUCACCAUUAGUGUUGUCAACAUUUAGGUUCAGCCUGUGGUUAAGGAUUUUUUAAAACACCAUUAUCUUUGUCAAAAGGAUUUCGAAACUAAGACAAAAGCUUCUUCUUGAUCAAGACAGCUCAUCCUUAGCAUUAUUUUUUUCUGUAUUUUUCUGAUAGAUUGACUUAGCUAUAAUUAUUGGAGCUUCUAAAUUUAAGCACAAGUAAUUGCUUUCUAUUUUUCAAAAAAAUUUAGUAUUUAUACUUUUCUUAUGGUUAAUACGAUGUACAUCUUUUCUUUUUACUUUAAAAAAAAAUCCAGAGAUAUUUUUGAUAAAUAUUUUCUUUUAAAUCAAAGUUAUUUAAUACCUUUGAUAACAAUUUAAAACAAGAUUUAGUAUGUUUUGAUAAAGUCCUUGAUUAAACAUAGAAAUAUAGUUUCAUUUUUUAAUUUGGUUGUCUUUUGAUAGAAUAUUAUGGUUAUUUAUGAUUAUUCAUCUUCAGCUAACAUUGAAUUGUAUUAAUUGACUUUUUCAUAAAAGAAUGGGACCAAUAUAAUCAACACAAUAGAUUUCUUAUAUUUUAUCUGCAGUGCAGAAGUUUUUAUUAUUAAUAAAUGAUUUUCAUGAAACAUUUUGAUAUAUCUUGUUGAAAAUAUGCAGCUGCACAGUUUUUAAACAUUUUACUCGUUUACCUUUAUUCAGUAUUUUAGACGGUGUCUAUAAAUGUUAUUUUUUAUUUGCAGUACAUUUUUUUUAUACAUUUUAUCAUAAUUUUCACCAUUUUAUUUCUCAUUUUGCAUACCACUAUAAACAUAUGCUCGUUAUGUACUUUUUCAUAAAACCUCUGAAAUUUAGACUUUUUCCAACUUAGGAAAACAAAAGGGUUAUUUGUUUUGGUUGUGUUCAGAUUUUAAAGAUAUUUAUAACUUAGAAUUUUUAUUGUGUGUUUAUUUGCUCAGUUUUUUUACCGUUAACAGUUCAUCUGCUUAAAUAUCCCGGUAAUUCAUAUGUACACAUUUAUUAAAUGAACGUAAAUUUUGCAAGUUCUAAGAGGUAAGAAUACAAGUGACUAAACAUUUUGGCAUGGAGCAUGGGAAAUCUUCUUGCACUACAAUAAAAAUAUAUACCACAAAUGGGUUGCAUGAACGUCAUCUAACAUGGAAAGAUGUUUAAGUUUUCAGUUUUCAUUAAAUCUGUUGUAUUUGUUAACAAUUAGUUAAUAAUUGAAAUUUAAACAAUGUUUGAUGUUAAUUGACGUUUGUGCAACCCAGUCUAGAUCACUUGUUUUCUUAUAGCUUACAACUGACAAAAUAUGCAUUCACUUCUUAUUUACAGUCUAAAUGAAGUAAAAAAAGCAUUAAGUAAAUUUGAUAAGUAUGAAAUAUAAAAUGUAGAAAUUAUAGUAGUGAUUUACCUUCGUCUAAUUUACAAGUUUUCAAAGGAUAAAGUUUCUAACAUUAACAUGUUUUAAACAAUAAGACUACAUUGAUUGUGUAUAACAGAAGACAUUACUGUAAAAAUAUUAAAUUAAUUGACAGUAUUCAUUGUUUAUUUAAUAAGAAUCGAAAACAUAGAGUUUGGGAAAUUUUAACUUUUAACACAUAUUAAACAUUUAUUAUGAAAUCAGAGAAAAAAUAAUUAUUUAAUCUUUGUGAUGAAUGAAAUUAUUCUUAUGGUUUAGCCAAUUUUGUGAUUAACCACCAUUACUAUCUUAUUAUCUCAUUGUUGUAGUUAUACACUAAAUUGAAAGCUCAUGGAUAGACUUGUAAUCCUUUUAAACUUUGGUGAUUAAGUUGUUAUUGUCGCAAUAUAGUCUUUUUGUGCUGAUGCAGCCUAAAGCAAACAUCAAUCAAUUGAUUAAGUUGUCCACUUUUAUACAAAUAUAUAUUUUAAACCUUACAAGUAAUGUGUGUUUCAUUGUCAUUCACACUGUGUAUUUUAUUUAUACUGAAUGCUAAAUGUCUUUAUGCUUGAAGUACAGUUUGUCAAUACAGGUAAAUUAAGAUCAACAAUUUCAGGAAUUUUAUGAAUUCAUAGAUGCUCUGCUGUAAACAAGAAGAUGAAGUUAACAAUAACGAUAUUCUAUAUGUUUUGGGGGAAUUCAACUACUGGAGUUUUGUAUUUUUCUAAAAAUAUUCUUUUACUGUUUAUUUUGUUUUUUAGUUAUACUUUUAUGUUCAAUGUUUAUUGUCUUGAUGUGCUUUCGUCCUGGUUUCGUGCUUACAAAAGUUUUAUGCAUGGAUAGAUGUUGUACCCAAUUGUUGAAGGAAAAGCUAAAUCAAAAUCACACUGAGAAUUUUAAAGUAUUCAGUAACAGAACUACAUAAAAUGUUACAUUAUACUUACUUAUACAGACAUGUUUAUUUCAAUAAAAUCCAAAUGUGAACACAACGUGAAAAACAUCAGCAAUAUGUACCUAAUCCCUAAAAACCCUAUAAAGGCUGACUUGAUAGCUAUAUUUUCCAGGCCUCAUCUCUACUUUGUAGACCACAAACAACAUAGAGCAGGAGGUAAACAUUCUUUAGAUCAUAUCUAUGUCCAUGUCAAGCAAUUCAUUAAUGAUAAACAACAGAUAUUCAAGUUACAAAAUGAUGUGAUUAUAUAUAUCCAUAAUUGUCAAGAAAACUACCCUAUUGAAAAUUAUGUGAGUUGUGCAUGGUGUAUGGAUUUAUCUGUUCCAAAAAUAAGCUCAACUACAAUUAUGGACAAAGUAAGAUAACUCUAAUUCAAAAUAUUGCCUUCCAUUGCUUAAUACAUUGCAAUGUUUAAUUUUAAGUGAAAACAAUCUUUACUCUUCAGUGCUUAUUAGUACCUUAAUAACUUUAUUUUAUUAUUAUGAUUAUUUAAAAAACAUACAUAUAAAUUAUUAACUUGAUAUUUUUUGGUUUAGUAAGUCAUUCCCUUUCUAUGAUUCAUAAUCUUCAACUUUUAGCCAGCCACAGCCUAUGAUUGGGAAUUGCUAGAUUUAUAUGCCAUGAUUCUCAGUCUUUCAAUUUUAGUCACCUUUGGACUCCUGCAAUCUUUUUAAGUAAAGUAGAUUGUAACCUUUGAAUUAAUUGAAGUGAUUUUUAUAUGUGUUCAGGCUACACAAUACUGAUGCAUCAAGAUCAACCAUUGAAUAUAUUUGUAUAGAUAGUAAAAUUUUAUUCACAAACCCCAAUACAGUUAUAGUAAUGACUUGAAAGUGUCAAAUAAAUAGAAGUGUUUUCAAAUAUUAAUAUCCAAGUACACUGGUCAAUGGGGGGAAAAUAUCAUUAACUUUUCUUUUAGGAUAGUGCUAUUUUAAAGGUUCUGACUGCUUUCUCCAAGACUUACAACAAAGACAUGCUGAUUUGUAAAAAUCAGACAACAGUCUUGUUUCUCCAAAAUGUUGUGAAAUAGACUUAAAUAAAGAACACUCCUUAUGAUAAUUGUAUGCAUUAUAUUUAUAGAACCUAAGUCCUCAGAAGUUAACAGUUUGAAUUUUCUAUUAAGUUUGUUUAUCAAACAAGUCUGUAUUGGGGUUUGGCAAAUUAUGAAGCAUAUGAUGAAAUACAUUUCAAAUUCAAAAUACUUUUCUAAUGUGCUCCUCAAUCUUAUUCUUUUAACCAAGGAAAGAAAUGUUCUUACUACUCGUCUAGGAUCAUAUAACAUAGAUUUAAUUGUCUUUCACACAGAAUCAUACAAUUUAAUCAAGAGUUUAUUGCCAUUCAUCCAUAUUCAUAUCAUCUAAUCAUGACUUUAUUGUUUCACAAGCAGAUUCACAUCAUUUAAACAUGAUCAUGAUUUUAUUGUUUCACAAGCAGAUUCACAUCAUUUAAACAUGAUUAAUGAUUUUAUUGUUUCACAAGCAGAUUCACAUCAUUUAAACAUGAUCAUGAUUUAUUGUUAUUCAUGCAGAAUCACAUUGUAUAAGCAUGAUUUUAUUGUGAACAUAAGGUGGACAGUGUAAUGCUUCAGAUGUCAAGUAUUUUUAAGGAAAUAAAAAGUUUUGAAUAAUAAAA